AUAAUCCCUUCGACUUCGAAGGGAAAAAGAGACGAGCGGUAGAAAAGUCUCUUUAGUGUUAUUUUUAUUUUUCUUUAAUAUUAUUAUUAUAUUCCAGUUACUCAGCGCGAGUUCGAAGAGGGAGAGGGAAGGCGAAAAAUCUCGGAUCCGAGUGCGCGCUUCUCCGAGCUCUCUUUAGGGUUUUGUGUUGAGAAAGUGCAACCACAAAAACCAAGACUGGAAAAUUUUCACUUCCCUGUUGCUUGAUUACAAUCUGUGAUUAGUUGGGAUGUCGGAAGCAGAGCCAACUUCUGCGAUGGAGGAAACCCCGGCUGCAAAUGGCUCCGAUUCAACCCCCAAAGAUGCAGCUGCUGAUUCUGUUAGCGAAAAGAAGGAUAGCGAGCAAAAGAAAGAUGGUGUAACUGAGAAGGAUGGUGAGGAAAAGAAAGAUGGUGUAACUGAGAAGAAGGAUGGCGAGGAAAAGAAAAAUGGUGUAACCGAAAAGGAUAGUGAGGAAAAGAAAGAUUGUGUAACUGAGAAGGAAGAUGGUGAAAAGAUUAAGGACGAUAAAGUUAGCAAGGAUACUGAACAGAAGAUAAAAACGGACAAGAAAGGUGUAGAAACAGAAGAAGCUAACGACCUUAGAGAAGAGGGAAAAGGAACUAAGGAAGUUACCACGGUGGAAGCCGAGGUUGUGAAGACAGUGGAUGCUGAGAAUACAGAAACAGCAGGUGGUGAAGAUGUAAAAAUGGUUGAUACUGAGGAUGCAAAGGCUGCGGAUAAAGCGGAUGAUGUGAAAAUGGUUGAGACUGAGGAUGUGAAGGCUGAGGAUAAGGAAAAGGGGGGUGCAGAUGAUGUGAAAAUGGUUGAGACUGAGGAUGUCAAGGAUGAGGAUACGAAAAAGGUCGGUUUUGAUGAUGUGAAAAUGGUCGAUGCUGAACAUGUGAAGGAUGAGGAUGCUGAAAAGGUGCAUGCCGAUGAUGUGAAAACGGCUCAGGUUGAGGAUACAAAAGAUGAGGGGAAAGGUCAAGAGGAGAGGGAAGAAAAGGAAAAGGAAGAGGAAAAGGAGGAGGAAGAGGAAGAGGCCGAGGCAAUGGAAGAGAAAGAUGGUGGACAAACUGUGAACAAGGCAGAUUUGGAUGAGGCUGUGGUGGAAACACCAAAGAAGAAGAGAUCUAGGAGACAAAAAGUUAGUGAUAAGGAGAAGGGAAACAAUAAGAAGAAAGACGAGACAAAAUCCAAGGAAUUGAGUACUCCUGUCAUUUCUCCCAGUGGGCGCCCUGUGCGUGAGAGAAAAACGGUGGAAAGGUUGGUGGAGGUUAUUGAGAAGGAGCCAAAUAGGACAGUCGUAAUUGAGAAGGGCCGUGGCACCCCUUUGAAGGAUAUACCAAAUGUGGCGUACAAAUUAGCAAGGAAGAAACCUACUGAACUUAAAUUGCUUCAUCAGACUCUUUUUGGGAGGAAAGGAAAGGCAGUCAAUUAUAAGAACCAUAUCCUCCAGUUCUCUGGAUUUGUUUGGCACGAGAGUGAUGAGAAGCAACGAGCGAAGAUGAAGGAGAAACUUGAUAAAUAUGUGAAAGACACAUUGUUAGAUAUGUGUGACUUGUUUGAUAUUCCUGUUUCAAAAGCAAAUACUAGAAAGGAAGAUCUUGUGGCGAAGCUUUUGGACUUUAUUGUUGCACCUCAUGCUACUAGUGAUGUCAUACUUGCAGACAAGGAGCAGGCAACAAAUUCUAGGAAACGCAGUAGAGGGAAAGGAAGUGCAUCAAAGAGCACAGAAGACACGCCAGCGAAGCGAUCUAGGAAGAGUGGGGGCACUCCCGGUUCAAAAGGGAAGACUACCGAUGAAUCAGAAGGUGAAGGUGAAGGUGAAGAUGAAGAUGAGGAAGAGGAGGAAGAGGAUGAGGACGAGGAUAAUACUAAGGAAGAUGAAGAAGCUAAGCAUUCUGAAAGCGAUGAAAAGGAAGAUGAAUCUGAGGAAGAGUCUGAAGAGGAUGAAGCGGACAAUUCAGUAAAAGAUAAACGAGAUACAAAGAAAGCUUCAAGAAUGAGUGAUUCUUUAGAUUCAGCAAAGUUAAAGGGAGGAAGCAGCUCUAAGAAGGCACCACUCUCGAUUACCACGAAGAGCCCUAUUAAAACUGUAUCUUCUAAACGCUCUAAGGGUGAGGAAAGUGAUGACGUGGAUGAAAAGGUCUUUUCUCGCAAGAAGAAAAGCUCCGAUAUGCCAAAGAAGAUUUCAACCCCUGAAGUGGUGAAGGAGAAAAAGGGUUCCGGCAAGAAGGUUACGAGGGGCAAAGGAAAAUCAACAGAUGGAGAACAACCUGGUCCAAACAAGGAGGAAUUAAGGAAGACUAUUAAUGAAAUUCUCAAAGGAGUCGACUUUAACACGGCUACGUUCUCUGACAUUCUUAAGAAGCUCGCUGUUCAUUACAAAAUGGAUAUGGCAUCAAGAAAAGCAUCAAUAAAGCUAAUGAUCCAAGAAGAAUUAACAAAGUUGGCAGAGGAAGCAGAAGAAAAUGAAGACGAGGAUGAAGAAGAUGAAGAAGAGGAAGCUCCUGUGCGUAAGGGCAAAGAGGUGGAAGUUUGAUUGCCAAUGGGAGCUAAAUAGUGUGGAAUGGUGCAUCCCCUGUUUAAGUUAUUGUUGCCUGUCUUUAGGGGCAAGACCUAAUUAUCACAGGCUGUUGAACAGUUUAGCAAAACUUUUCUCUGUAACCUUGCUGUGCAUUUUGUAACAUUAUAUGUAGGCACUUAUUAUGCCGUAAAGUUUACUGACCCACAGAUGAUACUUCAGGUAUGCUUUUCCUUUUUCUCCCACAAGACAUGUAACUCUUGUUAUUAGAAGCUUAGAAACCUUUACCAGAUACUGUAUUUUAUUUGGAGAAGCGCCUUGUUUUCUUUGUUGCCAGUGACACAAUAAUGAGCUCCGGUUAUCUGAUUUGUCUCUUGA